AAACUAUAUUAGAGAAGGGAGACACAACUUUUUUCACAUAAAAUUAAAAAAAGAACAUGAAUUCCACCCACCCACUAUCACAACUCUAUACACUCUGAUUGAUCUCUCUCUGCAUAAACUUCUCCCUUCAUUUUUUUAAGAACAGUGGUUGGAUGAGAGUCAUCAGUCAUAUCAAACAUAUCAUACCAUACUUCCUAUUUUAAAGUUGUAUUAUGGAAGUACUUCCUUGUUCUGGUGUUCAGUAUGCUGGGGAAUCUGAUUGCCCUCAGCCAAGUUCAGGAACAGCUCUUGUAUACCAGGGAGAACCUAAUUGCCCUGAAAAUUGUGAUCAGGUUAAAUUGGAAGAUGAUCAAAUGAGUGACUCAUUGCUUAUGGACGGGCCUCAAAUAGAAAGAAAAAGUCAAGGACAACAGACUGCUUGUGAACUCUUGAAUACAGAUUGCCAAUGCCGUGAAGCUUCAUAUUGUGACUGUCAAGUGGAAGGCCAGAAGGAUUCCUAUAGUUUCCACAAUGUUGAAGAUGAUGAAAUAAAGGAACCUUGCUUAACCUUUGAGAACUCUCUCUCUAUUCCAGAUACAAUUGAAAGUGAAUCACCAGACAAUAGCGAGGAGCGAGAAUUGUCAUUUUCUGAGCCCACUUGGUUAACAGGGGACGAGCCUUUGGCAUUGUGGGUCAAGUGGAAAGGGAAGUGGCAGGCUGCUAUCAAAUGUGCAAGGGCUGACUGGCCAUUAUCAACUUUGAAAGCAAAACCAACUCACCACCAGAAGAAAUAUUUUGUCAUAUUUUUUCCCCACACAAUGAAUUAUUCUUGGGCUGAUAUGCUACUUGUACGAUCAAUUAAUGAGUUUCCCCAGGCCAUUGCAUAUGAAACUCAUCAGGCAGGAUUGAAAAUGGUAAAAGAUUUGACUAUUGCACGACGGUUUGUAAUGCAAAAGCUAGCUAUUGGAGUACUGACCAUUGUUGAUCAACUUCAUCCUAGUGCCUUGAUAGAAACUGCUCGUGAUGUGAUGGUUUGGAAGGAAUUUGCUAUGGAGAUUUCUCAUUGUAACAGUUAUUCAGAUUUUGGAAGAAUGCUUCUAAAGCUACAAAAUAGCAUAGUGAAGCACUACACAAAUGCUGACUGGAUACAAAAUGCAUCUUACUUUUGGGCUGAACAAUGCCAGAAUGCAAACAGUGCUGAAUCAGUAGAGCUACUUAAGGAGGAAUUGUUUAAUUCUAUUUUGUGGAAUGAUGUCAACACUCUCUGGGAAACACUGGCGAAACCAACAUUAGGUUCUGAGUGGAAAACCUGGAAGCAUGAUGUGAUGAAAUGGUUUUCCAUAUUACAUUCCAUUUCUAGCAGUACAGACAUACAACAGGAGACCUCUGAUGGUUUGUACCAAGUAAGCCUUCAGGUUGGUAGAAAAAGGCCCAAACUUGAAGUUCGUCGUGCAGAUCAUACUUCCCUGAUGGAAAACAAGGUUUCAGAUUGCCCUAUUACUCUUGAGACUGACCCAGGUUUCUGUAGGAAUCAGGACAUAUUAAGUACUCCAUUAGCAUCUGAGACUUCUAAACAGGAAGAUGUUAAGGAGGUACCUGUUGCAACUGAUUUGUCUUGUGAUUUGACCAAUAAAUGGAAUGAAAUUGUAGUUGAGGCUGCCGAUUCUAAGAUCUUUCAUAUCAAUGAAAUGGAAUCAACACCUAUGAAUGAAAUGGUUGGUCAAAAAUUUGUAGAACCUGAUCCUAAGAAUCGACAAUGCAUUGCUUAUAUCGAAGCCAAGGGAAGACAGUGUGUUAGGUGGGCAAAUGAUGGUGAUGUAUACUGUUGUGUGCAUUUGUCAAGUCGUUUUAUGGGAAGCUCAGGGAAAUCUGAAAAACCUGUUUCAGUUGAUACUCCAAUGUGUGGAGGUACAACUGUUCUUGGUACUAAAUGUAAACAUCAUGCCCUUCCUGGCUCGUCAUUUUGUAAGAAACACCGUCCCCAUGCUGAAACAGAGACCUCAAAUUUAACCGAGAGUACUAUGAAGAGGAAACAUGAAGAAAAUCAUAUUGGUUCAGAGGGCUUGAUCAGAAAAGACUUGGCAUUGAUAAAUGCUGCAAGUCCAUUGCAAGUAGAUCCAGUGUCAGCCAAUGAUGGUGAUUCCUUCCUUGAAAGAAGUAACUCAGAUGAGAAGCCCAUCCUUUGUGGCAAUGAUCCAAUUGCAAUGGAGGCAAUUCACUGUAUAGGCUCUCCUCCAUAUGAUAACAAGGACUCUUGUUCGGAAGCACCCAAGUGGUAUUUCUUGUACUGUGAAAAUCACCUUCCAAGCUGGCUUAAACGUGCAAGGAAUGGGAAGAGUAGGAUAAUAUCAAAAGAAGUAUUCACAGAAAUUUUAAGGGACUGCCGCUCAUGGGAACAAAAGGUGCAUCUGCAUAAAGCAUGCGAACUUUUUUACAGGCUAUUCAAAAGCAUUUUGUCACUAAGAAAUCCAGUUUCCAAGGAAGUUCAGUUCCAAUGGGCUCUGACCGAAGCCUCAAAAGAUACUAGUGUUGGAGAAUUCCUUACAAAGUUGGUUCAUAGUGAAAAGGAGAGAAUCAAAUUGAUUUGGGGAUUCAAUGAUGAAAUAGAUAUAUCCUCAGCAUUGGAAGGACCACCUCUUGUUCCUUCCCUAAUUAAGGACAGCUUUGAUAAUGAAAAUCCCAUUAAGUGUAAGCUUUGCUGUGCAAAAUUUCCUGACGACCGAACACUUGGUAACCAUUGGAUGGACAAUCAUAAAAAGGAAGCACAGUGGCUGUUCAGAGGUUAUGCUUGUGCCAUUUGUCUAGAUUCAUUUACUAACAAGAAACUAUUGGAAACCCAUGUUCAGGAGAGACAUCAUGUGCAGUUUGUUGAGCAGUGCUUGCUUCUCCAAUGUAUUCCUUGUGGUAGUCAUUUUGGAAAUAUGGAGCAGUUAUGGCUGCACGUUUUAUCAGUUCACCCUGCUGAAUUUAAGCCAUCAAAAGCUCCUGAGAAGCAAACUUCCCCUACUUGCAAGGAUUCUCCAGAAAAACUUGAGCAGGGAAAUUCAGCUUCUUUGGAAAAUAAUUCUGAGAAUCCAGGUGGUUCACGGAAGUUUGUUUGCAGGUUUUGUGGGCUGAAAUUUUAUUUACUACCUGACCUAGGUCGCCAUCAUCAAGCUGCUCAUAUGGGACGUAAUCCAGUUAGCGGCCCCUCUGGGAAGAGGGGAAUUCGUCAUUAUACUCAUAGAUUAAAAGCUGGCAGACUUAGCCGUCCUAGAUUUAAAAAAGGUUUAUCAGCAGCUUCUAUUAGGAUCAGGAAUAGGGCUAAUGCUAAUUUAAAGAGACGCAUUCAGGCAACAAAGUCACUUGACAUGGUGGAAACAACCAUUCAAUCAAAUCUAUCCGAGACAGCAAAUAUUGGUAAAUUGGCAGGGUAUCAAUGCUCAGCAGUUGCAAAAAUUUUGUUUCCUGAGAUUCAGAAGACUAAACCUCGGCCUAACAAUCUUGAUAUCUUGUCAAUUGUUCGUUCUGCUUGCUGCAAAGUUAGUCUUAAAGCCUCGCUUGAGAAGAACUACGGAAUUCUGCCUGAAAGGCUCUAUUUGAAGGCAGCAAAACUUUGCAGCGAAUAUAACAUUCUGGUAAAUUGGCACCAGGAGGGGUUCAUUUGUCCUAGAGGUUGUAAGGUUUUGAAAGACCAAAGGCAGCUCUCUCCAUUAGUAUCUCUUUCUAAUGGUUUCCUAAAGCUAAAAUCUGUAAAUUUAUCAGAUCCUGCAAGUAAUGAGUCGGAGGUGGAUGAGUUUCACUACAUCAUCGAUUCACACCAUCUAAAAAUAGGAUCCUUACAAAAGGCUAUAGUCUUGUGUGAUGACAUAAGCUUUGGGAAGGAAUCAAUUCCAGUGAUUUGUGUAGUAGAUCAAGAUAUUCUAAAUUCUCUUCCUAAGCAUGGUCCCAAUGAGCAAGAUAUAAAUCUUUCUAGACCUUGGGAGAACUUUACCUAUGUUACAAAACCAAUGCUUGAUCAAGCACCUAAUCUUGAUUCUGAGAGUCUGCAACUGAGAUGUGCUUGCACAUUUUCUGCGUGCUGUCCUGAAACCUGUGAUCAUGUCUACCUUUUUGAUAAUGACUAUGAUGAUGCAAAAGACACGUAUGGGAAAUCAAUGCGUGGCAGGUUCCCUUACGAUGAGAAUGGUCGAAUAAUAUUGGAGGAAGGUUACCUUGUGUACGAGUGUAACCAUAUGUGCAGAUGUAAUAAAAUCUGUCCAAACAGAAUAUUGCAGAAUGGUAUAAGGGUCAAAUUGGAAGUAUUUAAAACAGAGACGAAGGGAUGGGCAGUAAGGGCUGGUGAGGCUAUCCUUCGUGGCACAUUUGUGUGUGAGUACAUUGGAGAGGUUUUAGAUGAGAAGGAGGCACACAACAGGCUCAAAAGAUACGGCACAGAACACUGCAGUUAUUUCUAUGAUGUUAAUGCUCAUGUUAAUGAUAUGGGUAGAUUGAUUGAAGGACAGGCCCGAUAUUUCAUUGAUGCUACUAGAUUUGGAAAUAUCUCUAGGUUCAUCAAUAACAGCUGCUCACCCAAUCUUAUCAGUUACCAAGUUCUCGUAGAAAGCAUGGAUUGUGAACGUGCAAAUAUUGGGCUUUAUGCAAAUCGAGAUAUUGCUUUGGGUGAAGAAUUGACAUAUAACUAUCAAUAUGAGCUUGUGCCUGGUGAGGGAUCACCUUGCCUUUGUGGCUCUGUAAAGUGCCGGGGACGCCUGUACUAGAUACAACCUCAACAUCCAUGUUGUUGCAAUAAUAUUAUUUCCAGAAUGCCCAAUGAAGUAGCAAAUGAGUUACUCAACAUUUCAGGAUUACAGUGUGGUAAUAGUGCCUGCCUAACUUUGAAGGGUCACAGUAGUCUUUAUGUUAUGCCCCCUAAUAGAUGAUAUAAUACAAGUCAAAGCACCUCAUGGAGGCAAGCAACCUGUGUGAAGCCAGGUAUUAAUUGCCAGCUGUCUCUGCUAAACUUGAUUGAGUUCAAGUGAUUUGGAUUCUUUGCUGUGUACAGUUCUCUCCCUUCCUCAGCUUUUGUAUCUUAGGCACCUUUUUUCAUGAAAUAAUUAGGGACAACCUUCUGUCUCCCACACUCUGCAAAAGAAGUCCAAGGAAAAGAGACAUUUCGCAAGUUAAAGCUGUCUGGAUUGGCAAUUGUUAUUCUUUUCUCUUCCUCAUUUUCUUCUUUUUGCUUUCUAUCCAUGUCUCAACAUCUUUGAUAGUGUUGCAGGAAUGUAAAUAUGUCCAACGAUUAAACUUAUCUGCCCUUUCUUUUGUCUGAUAAAUUACUCAAUAGAGUUUGCUUGCUUGUUAAUUUUGU